UUCGUCUUUUUCUGCGCUUCGUACCCAACGCAACCGACACACACAUACACCCGCGUACGCCUGGCGUUUACAACGGGACGCGCGCGCUGUUUAGAUCGCCGCGAGAGUGAACGAGUGAAGACACGUCGCGUCGUGUAACAGCACCGUGCGCGACGCUGUAUUUUAUUUAUUCCUGCAAAAGAUCCUGGCAGUGUCUGGUCCGUUCAGGAAUCAUCCAUGUCGUGAGUUUUCUCUAUCCCGCUGUGAAUUUUACAAACAUUUAUCCUCCAAGUGCCUGUGCGUGCGUCCAACGACUUCAAACGACAACAAAACAGGUUGGCGAAUUUGUAAACACACCUGCAUGCAACGGAACAAUAUCGCUUGAUAUCAGAUAACGAAAUAUUCAAUUUGAAACGAGUGCAACAUUUAACGGUGCCUUCUUUUGCUUUUGGGCACACACGGAUUUAAUGUGCGCGCAGUUCGUGUGCGCUGUGGAUGGCCGUUAAUGGUUACGUGGAUUGAUUUGAGAGUUUUUAAUUUUGUGGGGGUGUUUUAUGUAUGGUUUUUAUAAACAAAACGAGAUAACGUGUGCCUGCCUGCGCUGCAUUCACGAUAAGAAGUGUUUUAGACGAUUCCGAAACUCAGACAACCUGGAUUAAAUUUUUAUAAGAAUCGGCCCCUCCUUAAAUUGUCUUCUUUUGGAGUCCGAUGGAGGCUAUUACACGAUGCCUCCCACAGCCAUGAGGCUUGAGAGUCCUGCGCCUUGUAAUAAUAACAACAACGUAGCAUCCGGCGACGAGUUGGCUCUACUCGCCAAGCUGGAGGAGGCAAACCGCCUCUAUGAGUCCGAUGCAAAGUCGCUCAAUUCGUUGAGCGGCGCGUCGGCCUCAGGUCACUCCCGAAAAAGUUCAGAUACUUCACAAAUUUCUGUAACUUCAGGAACUAGUUGUGCCGAUAGAGGUGAAGAUGGCGAAGAUUUAUGGGCCCUGUGGGGUCAAAUGAUAAGCGAAUGGGAUACCUAUUGGAAAAAGCAGAAUGCUCAAGUGCGUGAGUAUGUCCGCAAAGGAAUUCCCGUGCAUUUCCGCGGGAUUGCGUGGCAACUGCUCUGCUCGGCUACCGAAGCACCGGAGAAGAAGCUCUACGCUGAAUACAUAAAGACCAAAUCGCCGUGUGAAAAGGUAAUCCGACGUGAUAUAGCGCGCACAUAUCCGGAACAUGAUUUCUUUAAAGAGAAAGACGGACUGGGGCAGGAAUCCCUUUUCAACGUUAUCAAGGCGUAUUCCUUGCACGAUCGCGAAGUGGGUUAUUGCCAGGGCACGGGUUUUAUCGUCGGUCUGCUUCUGAUGCAGCAAAUGCCGGAGGAGGAGACGUUUGCCGUGCUGGUGAAGAUCAUGGAGGAUUAUAGAAUGCGCGACAUGUUCAAACCCACCAUGGCUGAAUUGGGAUUGUGCAUGUUCCAGUUGGAGAACCUCGUUGCCGAGCAGUUACCUGAGUUGAGCAAACAUUUCCAAUCCCAAAACUUCCACACUUCCAUGUAUGCGUCCAGCUGGUUCCUAACGCUGUUCACCACUGCACUUUCGCUGCCUUUGGCGUGUCGGAUCAUGGAUGUGUUUCUGUGUGAUGGAAUCGAAAUUAUUUUUAAAGUCGCUUUGGCUAUGCUUACUUUGGGCAAGGAAGAUUUGAUGUCCUUAGAUAUGGAGGGUAUGUUGAAGUUCUUCCAAAAGGAAUUACCACCUCGCGCGGAAUCUGACUCAGAGGGAUUGAUGCAAUUGGCUUACGGAAUGAAAAUAAACACGAAGAAAAUGAAGAAACUCGAAAAAGAAUAUAGUGUUAUUAAAGCCAAAGAACAGGAGGAAAUGAUGGAACUUAAACGAUUGCGGACUGAAAACAAACAUUUGAAACAGCGGAACGAAAUGUUGGAGGACGAAAGUCGUGCUUUGGCUGAUAGAUUAGUAAAAGGACAAGUUAGUCGUGCAGAGGAAGAAGAAACUACUUUUGUUGUGCAAAGCGAACUUGAAGGCUUACGUCACACGCAUUUACAAGUUAUCCACGAAUUGGCAUUAGCUAAAGAAAAGAUUCAGUCACUAUCGAUGAAAAUGGAAGAAUCGGUAAGUGUUUACCUAUUAGAUAACACAAAUAUUUUAUUAAGUGAAUUGUUUCAACAGCAAUCUUCAAGGCAAUCAUCAUUAGAAGAAAUGUCAUUGAAAUCGGAACAACUUCAACAACGAGAAUCGAUGAUUCAGUGUCUCCAAGACGAAUUAGUGAAAGUGCGUCUUCGAGAAGCUGAAAACGAUGUGCUUGUUCGGGAUCUCCGAGCGCGCAUACAUGAAUUGGAAGAGGAUAAGAAAACUCUGCGAGAAAUUACACCCGACAACAGUGUAGCGCAUCUGCAGGAAGAACUAAUCGCUGUGAAAUUGCGUGAGGCCGAAGCUAAUUUAUCACUGAAGGACCUGCGACAACGAGUUUCCGAACUAUCAUCACAAUGGAGCAGACAUCUGCAAGAGCACAAACAAGAGUCGUCAACGGUAAAUGAUGCGCUCAGCACCCCGAAGAAACUCCUUUGGGGAAAUCGUAACGAAACGCAAAAACUAGAAGAGGAAUUAAUGACUACUCGAAUUAGGGAAAUGGAGACGCUCACAGAGGUGAAAGAAUUGCGCUUGAAGGUAAUGGAAUUAGAGACUCAAGUGCAAGUUAGCACUAACCAACUACGACGACAAGAUGAAGAAAUCAAGAAGCAAAGAGAACUGCUAGAAGCGGCCGAAUUGCGUGAUAGAGAAUCGGCUGCGAAAUUACUUGAGGAACAACGGCGAUACGCAGAUCUUGGAAGCAAAAUGCAGGAAGAACUGAUGAAUGCCAGGAUUAGUGACGCUGAAAAGGCUCAAGCCGUCGCCGAGUUGACUCAGAAAAUUGGCCAAUUAGAAUUGAAAAAUGAGGAAAUUGCCGCCGAAGGUGAACUACGCAGUCAUCAAGUAGACGAUAGCGAUCGAGUUCGGGAGUUACAGGAUAAAGUUACGGAUUUACAAGCUGAGGUCAUGAGGCUAGAAGUUCGAAACAAGAGCGGUCUGCGUCUGUCGAGCGUACGCUCAGCAUCUAUCGAUUCCACGGACGACGACUCUCGCAUUCGCAUCAUCGACGAUCCGUCACUGCGCCUGCAAAUAGACAGCUCCAGUCCGACGGAGGAAGGAUCUAAACUGACGGAGUUGACUCUGACUAACAAUGUGAACAAUAAAAACGAACCUGAUACUAACAUGAACACCACGUGCAAUUACGACCAAGUCUGACCUAGACUGUAAUCUACAUUAUCGCGGCGCUCUAUUUGUUGUCGAAUCCUGAUUUGUUGAAAGUAAAUGGAAGCUGGUGGAUCCGUUGUGCUGGUCACUAUUACUUAAGCGGGUCCACAGCUUGCGGUGUGAAUAAUCAUCGCGGCUGAUUCCAGUUAAGAAAGACAUAUUUGCGGUGAAUUCAGGGUAGCGAUAUUAAUACUAACAUUUGACUAAAUAAGAAAUAAUCUAGGUAAUGUUUAGGAAAGUUCGUGUAACAACAGCGAGGAGAAGAUUGAUUUAGAUCAGACGCAGAUCAGAUUUCAUUAUGAAUGAGUGGUAAUUUUAAUGGCGAAGAAUAAUAUAAUACUAAGCACGUGAAUGAUGCGCGUGUCGUUGAUUAUUUGAUAUAGACAGUAUUUGGAUUAACACUUAAUUAGGCGAUGUAACAAGAUAUUAGUAUUUUAGGUACAUAAUAACUUAUUGCAUUAAAUGAUAAUUUAGUGAGACAAUUAGACGAGAAAUGUUAGAACUGUAGAUUAGAUUUUCUAAACACUUAAAAACAAGUAAAGCAAAGUAAUAGGUGUGGUGUGGGUAUAGAUAUCUUUCUUUAGCAUGCCACAUAAUAACUAAUUACUAAUACAUUGAAUAUCUGGCAGCCAACGUUUAGUUGUAUAUUUUUAUUAAAAUUUAUUUAUAUGUACUUCUGAAUCGUCCUAUGAGGACUGGGUCCAUUCGUCUAUGUCAUACUGUGCAAUUAAAUGAUUUCCUACUACUUAAGUAUUAAAAUGAAUCAAUCAAUCGGAGGAUAUGUUUUAUCAAUAGUUGCAUUGAUGAAGUGAUUAUCCUAUAUUGAUACAUUCCACGCAUUCAAUGCACCAAGAGAUUAAUUUAUGAAUGAGGGGCACACAUCGAAUUUUCUUUGUAGAGCUAAAAAUAAUUAAAGUAAAAGACAUUUGUAUAUCAACUCUACGUGUGACAUUUUGAUAAUAUGUAUACAUGUAUGAACAAUACUCAAAAAGCUAUGGGUUUUACUUGUAAUAAAAAUGUUCACCGUUUACCUAGCGAAAUGCAAAUUACGGAAAUGUGAAACUAGAUUUAUUGAAAAAGUAGCAGGUGUGAAUGUAAUUUGUUUGUAACGAUGAUCAGUGUAUUGGGUUUUUAACGAUUUGAUUAGGAUUUACCAAUAUAACGUUGACUCAGAUUACUAAACUGGAGAAGAUUAUGAUCGUAUGAUAAUAUUGUGUUAAACUGUUGAAUCAUUUUCUAUAAUUAAUUUAUAUUACUUGCAGAUAUUGGAGAUUGACGUCAAAUCUUAUAUCUCAUACAUUUAAUUAUUCCAAUUGACUUUAAUAUUUUAUUGCAUUUAACUCUGAAACUGGUUUAAGAAUACUGAACGUAUUAAUAAUCAAUCACAUCAUUUGUAAACAGAAUAUGUGUCAAAUAAAACAUUCAUUUAUAAAAGUUA